UGAAUGUUUGCCUAAAUUUUCAAGUUUCUAUUCAGGAUCGAGUAAUUUGGAAUGUCUAUCAUUGAAAAAGUUGAGCAUAUAUGAAUGUCCAAGCAUGAAGAAUGUCUUUGGCACACUCGUGAGGUUACAUAGACCCAACACCAAUGAUGAAGGGAGAGAGCAAAGGCUAGACAAUGAAGGGUUUGAUACUCCCCUUACAACACCUUUUUGUCAUAAGAUGUUUCCCAAUUUGGAAGAGUUGUCAUUAGACAAGAAGUCUGCCAUAACCAUACUGCAAUCUCAAUUUCCAACUGACUUCUUUUCCCAAGUGAAAGUUCUUCAAUUGCGUUGCUUUCCAAACAAAUCUCUUGUUCCUUUGUUUAGUUUACUUCCAGGAUUUCCCAAUCUGCAAAAUCUUGUAGUCCUUGAUUCUUCUCUCAAGCAGCUAUUUCCAUUUGAAGGAUUCGUCGGUGACCAAGAAGAUAUCACUCCAUUGCCACGGAUAAGGGCUUUAAAGCUUAAAAAUCUUGAUGAUUUGAAGCAUAUGUGGGAACCAGAUUGCCAACUGCAUAACCCAUUAUUUCAGUCUCUUCAGACUCUUGAGAUAGAGUUUUGCGGAAAUUUAAUUUUUUUAGCACCAUCCUCUGCGUCUUUCCGAAAUCUGAAAACUCUGAAAGUAUGUAGAUGCGACACAUUGAUAAAUAUUGUUACAUCUUCCACAGCCAAAAGUAUGGUACAACUUGAGACAUUGACUGUAAAAUCCUGCAAUAUGUUGACCGAAAUAGUAGGAGGUGAUCAAGAGGAUGGAAUUGGAUCAACAGAUGAGAUUGUUUUCAGCAAAAUGAAAACAUUAUAUCUUGAAGAUUUACAGAGCCUCACAAGCUUCUGCUUGGGCAGUUGCACUUUCAAAUUCCCAUCAUUAGAACAAUUAACUGUUCAUAAAUGCCCCAAGUUGAGGAUUUUCACUGCUGGAGUGUCAAGCACGCCCAAGUUACACGGUGUAUUGGCAGGCUGGUACAACGUUCGAAAAAGGCAUUGGGAAGGCAAUCUCAAUGCCACCAUUGAACAGCUUUACAUGAAAUGUGUUGCAUUUGAAUGGAUAGAUGAAGUGCAGCUCUCCAACUUUCCUAUGCUGAAAGAAAAAUGGCAUGGCCAAUUUCCAUUCAAGAACUUGAUGCACUUACGAAAGUUAGUGGUGGACGGUUGUGCUUUUUUCUCAAAUGCCCUAUCCUCAAAUCUACUAAAGUACUUGUUCUGGCUAAAUGAGCUGGUUGUAGAAAGAUGCGAUUCUGUAGAAGAGCUGUUUGAUUUGGAAGGGCUAAAUGCUGACGAAGGUGAUGUUGGGUUAUUGAAUUAUUCAAAUGAAUUGAGGUUAAUUGAUUUGCCUAGAUUGAGGCAUGUGUGAACGAUGAUCCUCAAG